AGCCACGUUGACUCGAGGCCUUCACUCUGGAGCUCGGCGGCACCGCUGCCAUGGAGCCCGACGCAUUCCUGCAGGCGCUGCUGAAGCUGGCCCCCGACCUUCGGGCGGCAGAGCCGCCAACCCUGCCCCCGGAGGCCCGGCCGGCGCAGGCCGACGCCGGAGGUCCGCGCGGCGGGGGCCCACCGCCGGCGCCCGGGCCGGCGCCCAAGGCCAUCCCGGAGGAGGCGUUCCGGCAGAGGCUGCUGCUCCUGGCGGCGAGGAAUGAGGAGCCCACGCAGGGGCCUGGCCUGGCGGCCGCUAGCCGCGCCGCCGCCAGCGAGGGCCCCGCGGCUCCGCCGCUGGAGGGCAUGCUCGGGGACCUCCUAGCGGCGCUGCACAAGGAGCAGCCCGGGGACCCCCUGUCCCGAGAGGAGGCGGCGGCCCUGGUGGAGGCCGACGCGGUGGCCGCCGGCGAGGGCCCCGCGGCUCCGCCGCUGGAGGGCAUGCUCGGAGACCUCCUCGCUGCGCUGCACAAGGAGCAGCCCGGGGACCCCCUGUCCCGAGAGGAGGCGGCGGCCCUGGGGGGGGCCGGCGCGGCGGCCGCGGCCCUCCCGCAGGGCGCUCCACCGGCGGGCUGGUGCGGCGGCGAGCCAGGCAGUUGUGCGGCCUCCAUCGAGCCGCUGCGGCUACAAGAGGCGUCCGCGGCCUCUGGGGGAGGAGGCCUCGCCGCGGCCGUGGCGGCCGCCGCCGCGGUGCUGCGGGAGGGCCAGGCCCCAAGGGACCGCGCGCCGCUCGGGGAGGCCUCGGGGCCCUCGGCCGCCGGCUCCGCCUGCCCCAGCGGCCGCGGAUGAGGCCGCGGGCAGCACCUGCUGCCUCGACGCGGCCAGGCGUUGGGGGGAAAAGUGCAGCGCCCCUGCCGCAGCCCCUGGCAGAAAUGGGGGG